AUGUCCGGCAGUAAAUCGAUCUUCGUCACAGGCAACGCGAACAAACUAAAGGAGGUUCGCGCUAUCCUCGCUAAGUCAGGCGUAGAGAUCGAUUCGCAAGAGCUCGACAUUCCUGAGAUACAGGGAAGCACCCAAGAGGUUGCCCUAGCAAAAUGCCACCGUGCCGCCGAAUUGCUCGGAGGGCCGUGUAUCACUGAGGACACGGCCCUAUGCUUUGAGGCGCUGAAUGGACUUCCGGGACCGUACAUCAAAUACUUUCUGAAGGAGCUUGGGCAUGUGGGAUUGAACACGCUGCUCGAUGGUUUCCCGACGAGAGCUGCAUGGGCUCUCUGUACCUUCGCGUACAGUGCAGGACCAGGAACAGAACCUGUCCUGUUCGAGGGGCGUACAGACGGCCAGAUCGUCUCGGCGCGAGGCGAAGGCAAGUUCGGUUGGGAUCCUGUCUUUGAACCGAGCGGUACAGGGAAGACUUACGCGGAGAUGAGCGCGGAGCAAAAGAACACGCUUUCACAUCGAUACAAGGCCCUGGAGAAACUGCAGACGUAUCUGAGCACGAUGAAUGUAUAA